AUGUUUUUGUUUAAUCUGAUAAAAAACGGACCCGGGUCUCUUUGCAACAAGGCGCGCUCGGAUCGACCUGAGGUGUUGACCAACAAUGAAUAUGGAGAACACAAGUAUGUUCUUCUUAAGAAGAGCAGGAUGAAACUGCAUUGUGUGGUCAGUGGCCCAGUAAAUGGACCUCUGCUUCUCUUUGUUCAUGGCUUUCCUGAGUUCUGGUACUCUUGGAGACAUCAAAUCAAAAAGUUCAUGAAAACUCACAGAGUUGUAGCAAUUGAUAUGAGAGGUUAUGGUGAGUCGGACAAGCCACAUGGAAUAUUAAACUUCACCAUAGAUAAGCUAGUAGCUGAUCUAAUUGAACUCAUUAAUGAACUUGGUUAUAAAGAAUGUUCAUUGGUGGCCCAUGAUUGGGGAGGAGCAGUUGCCUGGUGUGCAGCUGCCCACCACCCUGACAUCAUCAAACAGCUGAUCAUUCUCAACUGCCCUCAUCCACUUGCUUUCAGGAUGCACAUAAAAAGCUCUUUUGGUCAACUCUUCAAGUCAUGGUACAUGUUUUUCUUCCAGCUUCCAUUACUUCCUAUUGUCUCCCUUCAGAUGAACGACCUCUCAUUUAUUGAGGAUAUAUUAACUAAGAAGCCGUUUGGCUGUCAUGCUGGAGCUUUCACUGGGGAAGAUAUAGAGGCUUUCAAGUACACAUUUGCUGAGUACAGUGAUUUAUGCGGACCCGUCAAUUACUACAGAGCAGCCAUGCGCUACAGUUCAUUGAGUCUCGAACCUCUGAAUAAAAUAAAAGUACCAACCCUUAUCAUUUGGGGCACUGAGGAUCAAGCACUUGACACUGAACUUGCAGACAAGUCGAAAGAGUUUUGUGAUUUGUGCAUUGUGAAGUACGUAGAGGGGGCAAGUCACUGGGUCCAGCAAGACAAUCCAGAUGAUGUCAAUUCACUGAUUGAAUGCUUCUUGAAUGAUCUUGACACCAUCAAGAAGAGAGAUUGA